AUGCAACUGAGAAGCUUACUAAGAAAAAUAAAUAGUUCACAUGGCCGUUUCUUCAGUGGCGUGGCCAAGCCUGUUAUUGACAUGACAAACAAACUGCUUCCUCUUUCAACUGGUAACGGGCCAUUUGUUGAACUUCCCACAGUUAGGCCAAUCGGAGAACCAGGAACAUUGUUGAAGAUUCAACUUCCACAAUCAUCGAUACUAAAUAUUAGAACCACGUCUGUCAGUGCUGUGAAUGGAAAUAUUAUGGAUGUGUCGAGUGAGCCGCAACUGUUGACUGAAGAUUUGCAGUUUCACAAAGUGAGUCUGACGUCGCCAAUGUCCUUGCUUGUAUCUGGGACAGCAUCUGGGUCUAACAAUUACUCAUUGAUUGAUGUGAAAAAAGGAGACAAGUGGGAAUUGGCAGACGUCGAUAAUCUAGUUGCAUGGUCCGGUUACGACUUAUCGGUGACACCUAAAAAGACUGGGGUCAGAACAUCUUUGCUUUGUGAGGGGAAGGGGUUUUUGGUAGUCAAUGGCUACCACAAUGUACUUGAUGUGACUGUUGAAGAAAACGAGCUGAUCCUCUUGAGCCCUAGUGCUCUCAUUGCAUCCAAUGUCCACUUAGAUACAACUUCAAAACUUGGCACAACACAGUAUGAAUUCUGGAAAUUGAAUGUGGGAAAAGUUACGGUGCCACAUGCCGUGCUGUCAGCCUUUGCGAGCAUGUAUAGACGUCUCAGCGACGUUUAUUCUCGGGCAAAAGUAUCUAUACGUACUUCCCUAGGGUUGCUGCGUGAUAUAGAAGGGAAGUUCCUUUACGUCUUGGAAAAGGUAAAGGACGCACAGAAAUGGCUAAGUCUUACAAUUAAGUGUCAUGUUUUCAACAGAGCGCCACUUUUUUACGUUGUGAAAGGUCCGGCAAGAGUGUUAAUGGUGGAUAAAAGUCAGCUUCCUAACACGAUGAAUUUUACGAAGACACAAAUUGUGGAGCAGUCGCGAUCGUAG